AACUAUACCCCACAUGUAUGGUAGUCAGUAGUAAGUUAAUGGGUGAGAUUUUCUCAUACCUCCUGUUGCUGAUUAUUGUUCUCUGUUUGAAUAUGACUUUAUCGAGCCAAAAAAGUAUCCAUGAUUUGUGUUGAUAUCAGUUCGAUAGCGGCAGAUACCGAAAGGUUGCAAUAUCGAUAUCAUGGGAUGUCACGAGACACUCAGUUCAUGAGACUAGACGAUACACAACGAGAUGAGAUUUUAACAUUACUUUUAAGAAAAGUACAAUGUCUACUUGCUUAAUUUCUACUACGUUACACUCUUCUGCACUCUGUGUGUAUGCUAGCAGCCUCGCCUCCAUCCGCCGAGGCAAAGAGACUGUAUGACAGACUGAUGGCCCGCUCCGUUCAUGCCGAUGAUCUAUGCAACAAACGCACCAAGGUGCUGAAACCAAUGUGCAGAGUGAACCCUCUUCCUGCCUGUUUGGAGGCGAGAGAUGAGGAAAACAGACAUGCAUGCAGAUGGCAAUAUAUUAAGGCCAGCAAAAUUAGCAAGUUUAUUUUCAUUUAUUGUUAAAUAAUUAGCGUCAAGGCAUUUUUUUUCUGAACAAGAAAUCCUGUCACCUUUUAAUCUCGCGAGAUCUUGUGACACCCCUACGGCAGCGGUAAAAAGUUGUAUCGGGACCCCCCUAGUCAUAAGUUUGUUUUUACCUGACUGAUACACACUAUUCGAAGAUUUGUAUGCAGUGUGAAGGGAGCUGAAAGGGAGCGUCUGCGUGGCUGUGUAAUUUGCAUGCCUGCAUGUGUGCAGUCUGCCACAAAACUAACGCACGCCUAGCUUUUUUUUUUCUGCUGCCGUCAUCAUAUUGCGUCCAGCGUCAUCUGCCUGUCGUUGAUGAAACGAUGUAUCAAUCAGCCACGAAAGACUUCAUUGCUCUGACCCUCACGGAUCAAAACUGUCACAUUUACAACAACGGCAAACACCGCAAACAGUCCUGCUGGAGGAAAUGGAAGCAGCUGUCUCGGCUACAGCGAAGCCUUAUUCUCGCUCUUCUUGCGCUACUCCUCAUUUUGGGACUACUGUCCUUUUCCCAUGUAUCGAUGCAAAGGAGAGAGUUUUCAAACAAGGAAGACUGGCUGGGGAUGAGUGAUGAUCUGUUGAAGCCUGCAUUUCCUGGUGUAAAGUCGGUGUUUGGGCCAAAUGAGGAGGGCAAAGCACCAGCCCCCGUGGUGAGACCCAAUCUUGGUUCAGAUUCUGUUCCAGAACUGAAAGAACCCAACGUCCCAGCAUUUCAGAAACCUCACACAAAUAAAAAGAUAUUUCCAAACAAGAGAGGUCCACCGAGCCUUCAGAAGAAUGGGAAUGUUUCAGACACGUUUGUUGUGGCAAGACAAGAAGAAGAUAAAGAGGAGGAGGAUGGGGAGAAACCAAAAAAGAUGGUCAGCUGGCGAGGUGCAAUGAUUGAAGCCGAUCAGGUCACUGAGCCCCCACCCUCUGCUAAUGAGAAGGAUGAUGCAGCACCCCCGGUACCAAAUGUCUCAGUUGAAACUGGAAUGAAUAGACUGGAAGCUGUGCGUGAUGCCUUCAGACAUGCAUGGAAGGGCUACAAAGACUACGCCUGGGGUCAUGAUGAGCUGAAGCCUAUCUCAAAGUCCUUUGGCGAAUGGUUUGGACUGGGCUUGACCAUCAUUGAUUCUUUGGACACCAUGUGGAUCAUGGGUUUGAAAGAAGAAUUUGCAGAGGCAAAGCAGUGGGUAGAGAAGGAGCUCUCCUUCAACCAGAAUGUGGACGUGAAUCUAUUUGAGACAACCAUACGUGUCCUUGGGGGGCUGCUGAGCACAUACCACCUAUCUGGAGACCAGCUGUUCCUCAAUAAAGCUAAAGAUCUCGGGGCCAGGUUGAUGCCUGCCUUCAAAACACCCUCAAAGAUCCCGUUCUCUGACGUCAACAUUGGGAAGGGAACAGCCCACCCCCCUCGAUGGACAUCAGACAGCUCCAUGGCUGAGGUCACAAGCAUCCAGCUGGAGUUUAGAGAGCUGAGCCGCCUCACACAGGACCCGAUGUUCAAGGAGGUUGUAGACGAGGUGAUGAAAAAGGUCCACAAGCUGCCGGGCAAACACGAUGGUCUGAUACCCAUGUUCAUCAACACCAACAGCGGCCAGUUCUCCCACAGAGGCAUCUACACGCUGGGUGCGAGGGCAGACAGCUACUAUGAAUACCUGCUGAAACAGUGGAUCCAGGGAGGCAAGACGGAGGAUGAGCUGUUGGAGGACUACAUUGAAGCAAUCAAUGGAGUUAAAAAGCACCUUGUGAGACAGACGGGCGCCCACAAAUUGACGUUUGUUGGCGAGCUCUCCCAUAACCGCUUCAGUCCCAAAAUGGACCACUUGGUGUGCUUUCUGCCAGGAACCUUGGCGCUGGGAGUCCACAAUGAUCUUCCAGGGGACCACAUGGAUUUAGCAGCAGCGUUGAUGGAGACUUGCCACCAGAUGUACACACAGAUGGGGACUGGGCUCAGCCCAGAGAUUGCACACUUCAACCUGCAUGCCACUGAUGGACAUGAUAUUAUUGUCAAGCCUGCAGACACACACAACCUGCUGAGGCCAGAAACAGUGGAAAGUCUGUUCUACAUGUACAGGUUUACAAAAGACCCCAAGUACCGAGAAUGGGGAUGGGAAAUUCUGCAGAACUUCAACAAAUAUACGAAGGUCUCGGGGGGCGGCUACACGUCUAUUAACAACGUCCGUGACCCUGAGAACCCAGAGCCCAGGGACAAGAUGGAAAGUUUCUUUCUGGGCGAGACACUGAAGUACUUUUACCUGCUCUUCUCUGACGAAAAGGACCUUCUCAGUCUGGAUAAAUACGUGUUCAACACGGAGGCCCACCCGCUCCCCAUUUGGCCGUCUCCACCCAAGUGACAGCACCAUACAGGGAAUGUGUGCAAAGGGGGUCCUUUUUAAAACUGAAGACGUUCCUCAGUCAGGUGUGUUUCUGAGCAACCGUCACUACUGGACAGCAACACAAGUCUGUGCUGGCCAUCUUGGACUUUGGUAUAUUUUGCACGUGGAGGAAUUCAUUUGGGAUUUAUCGUUUUUCUUUUAAUAAAGAAAAGGUCUGAGCUGGUCUCUGCUGUAAAUAGGGUUGUGAACAGAACUAGGGGAUGUUAGGGCUAACCUGACUGUGCCAAGUAUCAGUCACUUUAGUGAUGCUGAUACCAAUGGUGUGUAAGAACAGGGUGUUUCAUUGUGAUUCUUGGUAUCAGUAAAGCUGUGUGAAGGUGGAGCCAGUAAUGCACCUGUCGUUGCAGAAUCCCUUUUUAAGUUUGUCCCCUUACAAAGACAUAAAAAGUCUAGAUUUUGUUGAUUUUUUUAAUGUUGAGAUGACAGACUAUCAACUUUAAAUCCUGGAAAAACAAAAUAAAACUUAUAUUUGAGUGAAAUAUGUCUUUGACCCCCAAGCAAAUUGCGUUUUUAGUGGUUUCUUGCAGGUGUGUUAAGGUGACACAUGAUCAGUUCUUCAGCUGCUAAAUUAGCAGCAAAAAAUUCAGCUCCCCCCACAUGCAGUAUUUUGUAUAGGAUUAAGACAGGGGGUGUCAAAACGUUUUUCCAGCGGCCACUUUGAUAGUUGGUAAAGCAACACAAGCUAACAAGUUAUAUACUGUAUGUGUCAAGAAAUAACGGCAUGUCACCUUUUUAGGUGAAAAAGCCUGUUUGGUAGGAUGAACUUCGCUCUUUUUUUCCCCCCAUUUUUGCUGUUUUUAUUUUCCAAAUAUGUCAAUUAAUGACUUUAUUCCUAUUAUUUUUUUCCCCCCAAUUCACCAAAAUGUACCACUUUAUUUUGAUUUGUUUUUUUUUCCAUUUCUGCUAUUUUUAUCAUGUAAUUUUUACAUCCUUUAACUUAUUUUCCCUUCAGGUUAGACUUUAUUCUUGUCACAUAACUUUUUCCACAACCUAAUUUUCCAGAAAUUACAACUCUAUUCAUUGUUUUGUUAGUUUCUCAGAUUAUUUCAAUUUAAAAAAAAUUUUUUCUUUCAUUUUUCAAAAAUUAUGGAACUAAAACGACUUUGUUUUUCCUCAAGUCUGUGCUCAUCAAAUUAAGACUUUUGUUUCCUCAUUAGAAUACGACUUGUUUCUCAAAAGUAGCCUGCUGGUAAUUUUUUUGUUUGUUUAGUUUUAGUUUUCUUGUUAAAUGAUAUUUGAACCGUGUGCCUCGGGCCACACUUGGGACGCCCCUGGAUUACCUGCUUUUUAAGACGCCUCGGUGGUAUGUUUUGGACCAUCGCCAUGCUGGAAGACUAUCCUCAACCCACCUUCAGUGUUCAGGAGAUUCUCUCCCAAGAUUCUACAGCGCAUGGCCCCAUCCAUCGGCCAAUGUGGUGAAGUCUUCAUGCGCUCUUAGCAGACAAACGGCACCGAAGCGGACUGUUUCCGCCUCCAUGUUUGACAGCUGAUUUCCUACUUAGCAUUAGUUCCUUCUUUAACAACUCUUGGCCAAGCAUUUUUUGGUACUGUGAACGACGACAUAAAAUAGGGGUAGUCCACGUUUUUUCCACAGGGGGGGCCGCAUACUGAAAAAUCAAAGAAUGCAGGGAUAUGCAAAGCCUGCAUCUCUGCUUUGUGUUAUCAGUGACAAAGCGUCUUAUUAGUAUAAACUUCCUCACAUUACACAUUUUUGCUGGUUUUUCCUUUUUUUUGUUACAAAUAUUUUAACUUUAUUCUCAUACAUUUUUUCCUCUUAAUGUUGUCCUUGUUCUCAAAUUGCAAUAUGACGUUAACCUAAUUUACUAACCUAAUUUCCCUAAAAUCGCAACUUUAUUCUUUUCAUUUCUCAUAUUACGUUUUUCCUAUUCUUAUUGUAUUACACAUUUUCUCGUUUUUCCAUUUUUCGUGACAUGUUUUUUUACUUUAUUCUUAUACAUUUUUUUCAUCUUAAUGUUUUGUCUUCAUUCUCAUAUUAUUUAGACUUUAUUGUAAUCGUAACUUUUACCCAACCUAAUUUCAAAUUUUUUCUUUUCUUUUUUUAAUCAUACUUUUCGAAUGUACAGAGGGCCAAUUGAAUAACAUAAAGGCCCCCGGGCCGCACUUUGGACACCCCUGACACAAAAAUAUUGGAUUUUAACAAAAAAUCCUUUGGUAUCACAUACCCUGCAGUGUGAAUGUAACCUUUGCCCCAGGAGAAGCAAAAAAUGUCAACAGAAUUAAUGAAUGACACGACGCUUCGUAUUAAAUUGUAUGGAAAACCUU